GUAGAUGGGGAUUUCGAGUCAGAUUUAGGAGCUGUCUAAAUUAAUCUGUAAUUUGCCUGAACUCCUCACGGUGACUUUUGGGCUGUGUUUUGGCGAUUGGGAAGAAUUGACAUAGUUAUGGUAUUUAAUCACAGAGGUCCUAAACACUGCUGUGCUCAGUGUGACUUGAAAGUUCACGUUUUCAUUUUGUGGUCGGAAGAGUUCCAAACGGGUGAAUCGUUUACGAAUCGCGCAUCAAACACAGCGGCUACCGUCAGCGCUGCUGGAGUCCGACACUGAGCGAAGAGGUGAAAGGCCAGCCGGCCAACCAGCCACGUACAGCUAGCUGUCACUAUGGAUGCCUGUGCCCGUAUUCGAGGAGUCCCAAUCAGGUCCAGAUCCUCAGUGCGGAAAGAGACUGUGCGAGACAGUGGGGCGCAGAAUGUGAAGAGCCUCUUCAGGAAUAAAAAGGAGCUCUGUGGCAUUGGUUUAGAGCUGCCAGCAAGAGACGCCACCAGGCUGACAGAGAUUCACUUUGUGUGUCUGCCUGAUGUAAGUGAAGGAGAAGAUGUCACCCAGCAGGCUCUGUCUUCUCUGUCAGGGGGGCUGUGUGAGCUUCUCAGGUCCCUCCACGUCCACAGCAUUAAGAACGAUGAAGUCCUGCUGCUCAAAGACUCUCGCAGGCUGCCAGAGCACAAGGAUGCCGGACCUCAGUAUUGGUUAAAGACAGUGUGUGUUCUGAGGAAUAGUUCCAGCACCAACGUUUACCCUCAAGCCAGUGUUCCAACUUUGGUGGGCCUGCUGGGGUGCUACAUGGCAGGUCUCCGCUAUACGCUGGAGCUUCAGGCUCUUCAGAGGGGCGCAGCUGAGCCCAACCAGCCAGACGAAGACGACACCAACCAGUCGGUCUCAUCAAUCGAGGAUGACUUUGUCACAGCUCUAGAACAUCUGGAGGAGGACGACACAGCAGACAAUACCUCUGCAGCUCCAUUUAGUCAUUUUAAAAGGCGUGAUGUGGCUUCACAGACAGUCCCAGCCCACAAGAGAAAAAAGGAAUUAUCAGGCUCCCGCGUUAUCAUAAGCUCGUCUUCGAAGAAGUAUUCAGCCAAACACAGAUCUGGUCCUGACGUAUCUGUCACAGUGCAGAGGUCAUCGGGUGUGGAAUCCCAGUGGACUUACUGCAGUCCUGGAGCUCGUCUCCCCUCACCUUUGAUUCAUGUCAGUGAAUCAGAAGAGUCAGACUGUUCCAGCCCCAGCCCUAUCAUUUUCCUGGAUGAAGUGGGCUACCAGAAGAGCCUGCUGGCCAAACUGGACAUUCCUCAAGUGCCAGGGGGGCCCAGAGAGCGAGUUGAAGACUCAGAUUCCGAAGUUAGUGAGUUUUUUGACAGCUUUGACCAGUUUGAUGAUCUGGAUGAGCUCAACUCUGAGAGCUGUACUCUUACUCUGCCUCUGGAUGCGAUUAGUGUCCCAGCAGCACAGAAAGAGGCUGAUGAAUCUGGCAUAAGUACAUCAUCUUUAAAAUAUGUUUCUAGGGGCUGCUCAACCAAGGGAAUGAAUCCUCACCGCUUUGAUCAGCCCACUCUCCCAGCCAAUGUGAAAAAACCCACGCCCCUGAAACCAGGCUCUCCUUACUCAAUUCCCUCUGAGGUGCCGGAUUCCCCUCGGCCUGUACAGACUCCCUCUGAGGAGAACGGUGGUCCCCUCUUCAGUCCUUUGAGCUCCUCUGCCUUCAGUCCCCUGGUGGACUCCAGCGGGCCACUGGAAUACUUCUGGAAUACAGAGGCAGAUGGACAAGAUGACUCUGAGCUACGCAAACCUCAGGAUCUCUGUUCUUUGUAUAAGACCUACUCAGACUUUGCUAGCAGUCUGUCCAAAGAAAUUCUCGGAUCUGUCUGUGGCUACCAGUCUGCUGUCGACAUCAGUGACAACAAGAAUCUCUCCUGUGUCUGCCACAAGGAAUUUAAGAACCCUUCAGGAUACCUGAUGAAACUCUCAGAAAUACAGGAGACUGUGACGGUGGCCAAGCUGCAGAAGAAAUCCCAGUCUCUGAAAGAUGGUAUUCAGAGGUUUGCCAGUGACCUUGUGGAAAUGAGCUUGGGCAGCGCUUUGCGAGACCUCCAAAAAGGGGUGUCCUCCUGCACCACCACCUUGUGCCACCUAGCUGCUCGACUUACCUCCUCAGUAUUUCAAAUGGCCUUCCAUGAGAUUGGCAUGCGACGUGCAUAUGUACUGAAGGAGCGGGCAAUCAACGGGCUGGCCACUUUCCUGGUUGGAGAGGCCGUGUCCGCAGCGCUCAAAGAGUUCCUGACUGUGAAGAAGCAGAUUUUCCACAGCACUGUAUCACGUUUUGCUGCUGAUCUGGCUGAAGAGCUUGUUUUUGAAGGUAUAAUGGAAGUAUGUCAGUUCUCCCACCCCUCAACGCCUCUCACCCCAAGCGAUUGGUCUUUUGGCCAUGGGCAAGAGGAAGAAGAGGAGGAGGUGGUGGUGUCCUCCUAUGCUUCAGACCUUUCUGAGUCUGUCAUCCAGGAGGCCUUCAUAGAGCUCUCUCAGGCAGAUGUUGCCUUCACAAGCCAAGCAGCUAUAAGUGUGUCUGUGGACAACAUCUGUUAUGUCAGUGCAGAUAACACCUGCACUCAUACCUGCAGCACCUUUGCUAACCAGCAGGUUUUAAGUGUAGCGGUCCCAGCGGAGGAUGCUUCUUGUACUGUGAAGAAAGCCCUGUUCACUGUAUCAGGAAUGGCCAGCUGUAUUCCUGUGCCCCAAGCAGGGCACGCCCUCUCCAACCUCCAGGAUUCCGAGGAGACCACUCAGCAGAGGUCUAGCUUGUCACAUACCCCACCGACCAGCCCCAAAAGAUCAACUGUGUCAUCCUCUGACAAUGCCACGUCUCCACUAACGGCCCUUUACAGUCAUGGAACUCAGACCUCUCUACCAGCAGGAGAGCCCUCCCAAAAACAGUCUUCAUUCCAAAACUUCUCUGGCAACAUGGUGGAUAUGAUAGUAACUGAGGCUUGUGAGCUAAUAACUGCCUCUAAAAUGAAGAAGGGUUUGGGCGACUGUGCUGACUUCCUCACAAAGACAAUCAGGAGCCGCAGGGACUCUUACGAUGCUCUGGAUUCCCCUUCAAAGCAAGGAGUUGUCAGGGAAAGUUUUAGAUAUGACUAUACAGAUUCUGGGCAUGUUAGGCUAGGUGGCCCUAUGGGACAAGAAAAUAAUCCUCCCAUUUCCUUUCAGACAGGCACUCUAAACCAGGGGAGUUACCGAUGUGAGCGAGGCCCCAGGACCAGGGGUGUGUCUGAAACACAUCCUGUGAUGAUGAAUACUUUGGAAGUGCCGGGUAAUGAGACGGGUGGACAAAGGAGGAUAUCCGCUACUGUGGAUGAUUCAGCUCCAAACUCUGGACAGAAGUCUGCUGCGACUCCUGGUACUCCUCCGUCCACCCCCCAGCAGCCCAGUGAGGUGUCCAAGGAGAGACAGAUAAAGCAGUUCUCCAAAAAGCUGAAAAGCAAGCUGGCUAAAGAAUUUUCCCCUGCAACACCACCUCCAACCCCUCACUAUCAGCCUGAGCUGGGCCCGGGACCAAAAGACACCAUCCCAGAUGCAGACAAGGCAGAGUUUAUGCUCAAACUGAUGAGAUCUCUCUCUGAGGAGGCUGAUGGAAAUGAGGAGGAAGAGGAGGAAGAACCGGCAGAAGAACCGGCAGAAGAAGGCGGUGUUGGAGUCUUUAACACAUGUUCAGAGAGAGGGGGCGGCCGACACACACCCAGCCCGAUGUGCGCUCGUGUAAUGUCCAACAAGGAAGCUCUCCACUAUGCUGAGCGGUUGGCGUGCCACAUAGUCUCGAUGGCAACAGAGAUGGACACCCUAGGAGGGGCGGAAGAGGAGCAGGGAGAGAUGAACCAGGGCAGUGAGAAGAGGAGAGACAGUGUGGCUCAGUUUUCAGAGCAGACCCUCAACUCAUUGUGGGUGUAUGCAGGAGAAGUGGCGGGAGAGGUAAUUAGUGAUGUGAAGAGGAUGGUGAGCUCUGGACAGCAGUGCCCGUAUCACAGAGCUCUCAGAAGAAGAAGCUGGGACAGAUCUAGCUCCGAAUGUUUGCAUUACCACCACAGACAUCACUCUCAACCCGGUACAGAUCAGAGCAGAGACUGGAGGUUAGGAAAGCUGGCUGAGCAGUGGUCCAAUGACCUGAUUGCCUCGGUCUCCCAGUCUUCCACCUCUGCUUCGAGCACUGUGUCUAGCUCCAGCUCUGGUCUAUCCUCUGAGUAUCCCAGCUGUGAGAGCGUGACAGAUGAGUAUGCCAGCUACCUCAUUAGGGUGCUGAAAAAGGAAGGGGGGAGUAGGGAGUUAGUCCUGGACCAGUAUGCAAGCCGUUUGGCUUAUCGUUCUAUAAAACUUGGCUUGGCUCACGCCAGUCGUAAAAUAAAGCAGAGAUCCUCUAGUGCACGUCUUCGUUCCUCUAAGUCUCUGCCAGAUGAAUGGAAAUCGUCUUGUAGUAGUAAAACGUCAUCAGCCAAGGAUCGAACAGAGAUGGAUAGAAACACCCAGUGUUGUUGCAGGGACUCUGAAGAGCAGAGUAAGAGGGAGUACAUGGAUCUAGUCCACUUUGCUGAAUCUUUAGCAUAUAAUAUCACCUGUGAUGUCACACGCAAGCUCCAUCUCUCCUCUGUACGGCUGCCAAAGUCUUUCACUGACUCCUGUCUUUAUAAAAAAUCCAAACUGGAAGACAUGGCAGAGAAUCUCAUCAGGAACUCCUUCUCCUGCCCUGUGUUAUCCAAGGAGGGUAAGAGCAAGCACUACCACAGCACAGGGAGUCUCUACGAUCAAGGUUACAGUAGCAAGGUGAUGCAAGUCAUUGAGCAUUAUGCCAGGAAAAUAGUGGAUGACACGCUGAAGAUAAGCGUGGCUUCAGUUGGCCAUUCAUCACGGGAGCACCAAGACCAUGACAGACACACUCACACACAGAGGUUGUCUGAGGGCCCAGUUCUGGUCCGGGCAAUGGGGGAGAGGCCAUGUUGUUGCUGUCAAGUCCAGGAGUGUCCAUACUGCAGCAAGCACAGCAGGCACCACUACCAACCUGUGCUGCAGAGGAGGAAAAGGGGAGGAGACUGUCAAGCAAGAGUGCUCUCUAGUCUGGAGAUUCCAAAAAUCCACAUCGACCUGGACCACAGGGUGGCAUUUGCAGAGGAGAUGGUGUCCAUGGCAAUGGAUACAGCAAAGCGCGAGCUGAGCAACACCAGCCUUAAUGCUGACAGCGGGAUCGGCCAUGAUGGCACCAGCUACGCCGAGAGCCUCACUGCUGAGAUCAUGACAUCAGCCCUGUCCAACAUAUGCCAGGCUGCCCUUACCAGUGCUUCGGGUAGGGAAACCACUGAGUCCACUGUGUCCCAGCAGCUGAGUGUUGGAGAUGACAGCCUGGGAAGCUGGUCUAACCUGAGCUUUGAAGAUGAGCACCCAGAUGAUAACAGCAGCUUCCUCCACCUCAGCGACAGACUAAAGAGCUUUCCAAUGAUGUCAAGGACAAGAUUGUGGGCCUACACAAGGCUGGAAUGAGCAACAACUGUGACGCACUAACACUAACUGACCUUACUGCUCCAGGGUGCCGGCGUUUUAGUGCUGUCGUGGAAGGAAAGCACCGGUUUGCACAAUCUGCAUUGAACUUUGUUUUCUUUGGAAUGCUUUCAAAAUGUUUAAAAUCUCAGUUUCUAUUUUCUUCAGUCCUCCUGUUUUGCUGUUUGUGCUACAUUCUUCUUCAGUAUUGUCUAGUCUUGGCAGACGAUAUAGGCAAUACUGCCCCCACAGUUUCCUGUAGUGUAUUGCAGUUACAACCCAUUUAUUAGCAUAUGAAAAUGUUAACAAUAAAAUUCCACGUCAAAUAAUUUUUAUAGUCGUUGCAGCUCUGCUUGGUACAGACUGAUACUGCAUGUCUUGUAUGCAGUAUCAGUCUACAUGUGGGUAUGCAGUAAAAUGUUUUUUCAUGUUUUUGUGACAGCUGCUACCAUUUCUUUUGUCACAGCAAGUAGUAUCCUUUUUUUCAGCAGGUUAUCUAUCAUAUGUUUCUGUAUUUAGUUGUUUCAGAAUGGACAGUCUGUUAAUGUCCAAGCAGAAGACAUUGAAUGUAAUCUAUUGUUCUUAAUUGGUUUGGGUUCAGAAUUUAAAGCCUGAGGUUAUACUUUGAUCAUACUGUGUCACUUUAUGUUUUUGGGUUUUUUUGGAGGGUUUUUUGCUCCCGUUGGAGCCAUUUAGGAGUGUUUUCUGCAGUUCAUUGUAGAUGUAAGGUUUCCCAAAGACAGUGCAGAUUGUAUGUUUUUCCAAAAUCAUUUAAACUUGACUGCCAGAGUGCAAGUUUUCUCUGAUUUAUGUUGCAUUAUAUGUGAAGGCUAAAGGAUAAGUAUUUUAGAUUACUGUCUAUGUUACCAAGUUCUAAGUAGUUGUAGGCAUGACCGAUUUGGUCUUCUUGUCUUGGAUGGACAUGACCUAUGUUUGUGUGUGUCAAUUUAAAAAAGAAAAAAAAAGUGAGUGAGUCUGAUAAAGUCUCUGGGAAAUGGGCUGUUGACAGUUCUGGCAGGGGUUGAUAUCUCUAUGGAAGCAAACCUGACAAUGGGUUUGUUCCCAACAUGCUAAAAGAGCAUAUUGUGUUAGCAUUAAGUUAUUUUGGCCAUCAGGGCAAAGUUAAUGUGUCAUAAUAUUUUCUAAAGGUGUGUCUUUAAGUGCUCACCUCUCUUCAAGUGCUGUUUCUACUGGAACAAAGUCCACCAUGUGUAAUUCAUAAGACAUUUCAAAGGCCUGCUGCUACUAUUUCCGCUCAGCAGAUGAAAUAACGGGGGGAAAAUUCCUUUAUGAGUUUAGCGAGACAGAGAUCAGGCUGACUGACUAGAUGAAUCACCUCUCAGUAUGCCAUUCAGACCACACCUGCCGCUGAGGUAAUGCAGAUUAAUAGAGGUAUUUUUAGAUAUCAGAAACAUCUCUCCCUUUUAGUUAGGCUAUAGCAUGCCACAGUAUGCAGGUUCCAGCCAGCAAGGCUAAUCAUUCACUAAUUAUAGCGAGAGUGUAUGUUGUUAUGCUUCUGUUGCCAGCUGGUUGUCCCGCUGGAAGCCACAUGAUUAACGAGAUUAUGUGAGAACAAAAAUGUAAUGAUCUCACAUUUCAGGACUUUAGCAACAAAUGGGCCCAGUCAACAUUAAAGCUGAUUCAGGGAGGUGUACAGUGGAAAAAACCUGCAUCAUUUGAAGAAUCCUCCUCUGUUUUUUUCAACCUCACCUGACAUUUAAAGGAUUACCAGAAAUGGUCAUCCACCUCCGUGUUGUUUGUUGACGAUACAUGACAGUAAGCUCUUAUAGCAAAUGUGAUGAAACUGCUUAUUACAUCCUGAUCUUUUGUUGCAUUUUGGUAGCUCUCUGUGUUAGCCACUUACUGUGUCAGUGUUACAGCGGUGUGUUACCUGCCUUC